AUGUCAACCUUUAUACCAGAAAGCAAGAAAGAAGGAGAAAACAUGUUGGACAUAAAUCUAUUUAGGGAGGAAAAGGGCAACAACCCAGAAAUUAUACGCGAGUCUCAACGCCGCAGGUUUGCAAAUGUAGAGAUUAUUGAUGAAAUUAUUCAUCUUGACAAGGAGUGGCGACAACGUCAGUUUGAGCUUGAACAGCUGGGCAAAGACUUUAACAGGAUUAACAAAGAAGUGGCUAAACUUAGAAUUGCUGGGGAAGAUGCCAGUUCCAUGAUAAAAAAUACAGAGGAAAACAAGGACUCAACUGCAAAAAAAGAUGCAGAGGUUCAGGAAGCCCGUGCAGCAUUAUAUUCAAAAUUGGAGGUGGUUGGGAAUCUUGUGCAUGAUUCUGUUCCUGUUAGCAAUGAUGAGGCAAAUAAUGCUGUUGUCCGCACUUGGGGGGAGAAAAGAACGGAGCCAAAACUAAAAAAUCAUGUCGAGCUUGUGGAACUUCUUGGAAUUGCAGAUCUGAAAAGAGGUGCUAAUGUAGCUGGUGGUAGAAGAUUUUAUUUGAAAGGAGAUGGUGUGCGUCUAAAUCAAGCUCUUAUAAACUUUGGUCUUGAUUUUCUCGAGAAAAGGGGCUUCACAUCAUUGCAAACUCCAUUCUUUAUGAGGAAAGAUAUAAUGGGAAAGUGUGCUCAAUUAGCCCAAUUCGAUGAAGAACUUUACAAGGUAACAGGUGAGGGAGAUGACAAGUAUCUGAUUGCUACUGCUGAACAACCACUUUGUGCUUAUCACAUAGAUGACUGGAUUCAUCCAACACAGCUACCACUAAGAUAUGCUGGAUAUUCGUCCUGCUUCCGGAAAGAAGCUGGGUCACAUGGCCGUGACACUCUUGGAAUCUUCCGUGUUCAUCAGUUUGAGAAAGUUGAACAGUUUUGUAUCACCAGUCCUAAUGGCAAUGACUCAUGGGACAUGCACGAGGAGAUGAUCAAAAACUCCGAGGAGUUUUACCAAAUGUUGAAAUUGCCGUAUCAUAUAGUCUCUCUGAGCAAUGAACAAACAAAACAAUACUGCCAUUUAUUGAAUUCCACACUCACAGCAACGGAGAGGACUAUGUGUUGCAUUCUUGAGAAUUACCAGAGGGAAGAUGGUGUUGAAGUGCCUCAAGUGCUACAGCCAUUCAUGGGUGGGAAGACGUUCAUCCCUUUCCAAGCUCCUCCUCCUACUAAAGAAACCAAAGGGAAAAAAUCAAAACCAUAGAGUUGCUGCUUCAACAAAUACUUAAGUUAUCAACAGCUUAAUCAAUUUAAUGGUGAAGACUUUGUUUUUUUUAUUUAUAGUUUCUUAUUAUUGUUUAUUAUAAUUGAUUUUUUUC